AUGGCUCUCGGGUCCGGCUGGGCGGUGGCGGCUGUGGCUGUGCUCCUCCAGGGGGUCCUCCCUCGCGUCUCACAGGCCCAGACCUUCUCGUUCCCUCUCCGGCGGCCAGAGGCCUGCGCCCGCCACCAGUUCUUCGAUAUCUCCAUGCUCACCUGCGCACCGUGCGGAGCCCACCAGAGGCAGGACGCCCGAGGAACUUCAUGUGUGUGUCUACCAGGAUUUCAGAUGAUCUCUAAUAAUGGAGGAGCAGAUAUUAUUUGUAAAAAGUGCCCAGACGACAAGAAAGGUGUUACCGAAGAUGGCUGGAAUUGCAUUUCUUGUCCUGCUGGUUUAACUGCAGAAGGAAAAUGCCAGUGUCCCAGUGGCCACAUUUUAGUGGAAAGAGAUGUAAAUGGAGCGUUGUUGUCUCAAGCAACUUGUAGGCCCUGUGAUGGAAGCGAAAACUCUUUUACAGUAGCAAAUGUGUUAGGAAACAGGUGUGUCCGAUGUGAGCCAACAUUCAUUAAUACCAGCAGGUCCUGUGCGUGCUUAAAACCUAACACUUUAACAGGGGGCUUAUGUUUCAGCACAGGAAAUUUUCCUCCACCUAUGAUUUCACCUGCACGUUAUGGAGAGCUUGGCAUGUCCAUCCCUUCAGAAUGGUUUGCAAGGUAUUUGCAUUCAUCAGCAGCUGCUUGUAGUGUAUAUGCCAAUCUAACAGCUUGCCAAGCUCUUGGAAAUAUGUGUGUGAUGAACAUGAAUUCUUAUAACUAUGCCACCUUUGAUGCAUGUGGACUAUUUCACUUGGUCUCUGAAAGCACUGCUGGACUCAGCAAUGUCCAUUCUGUUUCAUUUUGGAAACAGAAUCUUCCAUGGCUGUUCUAUGGAUAUCAGCUUGGGUUAGCACCUCAAGUCCUCAGUACUACACCUUUUCCUUCAAAUUUCAGUUUUAAAGGGCAAAACCAGAAUACACAAAUGAAGUUUGUUGCUGCUUCCUAUGAUGUAAGAGGAAAUUUUCUCAAGUGGCAAACUUUAGAAGGUGGUAUUUUACAGCUUUGUCCAGACACAGAAACAAGAUUAAAUGCAGCUUAUUCUUUUGGAACAACCUAUCAACAAGACUGUGUGAUUCCUCUCUCUAAGAUCUUAAUUGACUUUCCCAGUCCUAUAUUUUAUGAUCUAUACCUUGAAUAUACCGAUGAAAAUCAACACCAAUAUAUUUGGGCUCUGCCUGUGUUAAACCUAAAUCUUCAACACAAUAAAAUGUUUGUGAACCGAGACAGUAACUCUGGCAAGUGGAUUCUAACUCGGCGCAUUUUCUUAGUGGAUGCACUAAGUGGACGAGAAAAUGACUUAGGAAGUCAGCCAAGAUUAAUUCGAAUUGCUACACAAAUAUCUCUGAGCAUCCACCUUGUACCCAACACAAAGAAAGGAAACAUCUACCCUCCUUUAAUCACCAUUGGCUACAGUGACAUUGAUGUCAAAGACCCCAACAGCCAGUUUGUGAAGGUUUCCUUCUCAGUCGAAUAUGAAAUGAAUCAAGAAGAACCACGUAUCCAGACAGAUAUUGCUUUGGGUGUGUUGGGUGGGCUAGCUGUUUUAACAGCUCUUUUGAAGACAGCAGGAUGGAAGAGGCGCAUUGGGAGUCCUAUGAUUGAUUUACAGACCGUUAUGAAAUUCUUGGUGUACUAUGCUGGUGAUCUGACCAAUGUAUUUGUUAUCAUCACUGUGGCCACAGGUCUCUAUUGGCUCAUUUUCUUCAAAGCACAGAAGUCUGUCUCUGUUUUUCUACCAACGCCGACUCAGGAGGAACGUUUUGUUACUUUUGUGGGAUGCGCUUUUGCUCUGAAGGCGCUGCAGUUUCUGCAUAAGCUCAUAUCCCAGGUUACCAUUGAUAUAUUCUUUAUCGACUGGGAGCGACCGAAAGGAAAGGUUCUGAAAGCCGUUGAAGGUGAGGGCGGUGUGCGGAGUGCCACCGUGCCCGUAAGCAUAUGGAGGACAUAUUUUGUAGCAAAUGAAUGGAAUGAAAUUCAGACUGUGAGGAAAAUUAAUCCACUGUUUCAAGGACUCACUGUCCUCUUCUUUUUGGAGGUUGUGGGAUUUAAGAAUUUAGCAUUAAUGGAUUCAUCCUCCAGUCUUUCCAGAGACCCAUCCAGCUACAUAGCUCCUUAUAGUCGCAUUUUGAGAUAUGCAGUGUCUUCUGCUCUCUGGCUAGUGAUUGGAAUGAUACAGAUCGUGUUCUUUGCUGUCUUUUAUGAGAGAUUUAUAGAGGAUAAAAUUCGACAGUUUGUGGAUUUAUGCUCUAUGAGCAAUAUAUCAGUGUUUCUGUUAUCCCACAAAUGUUUUGGAUAUUACAUUCAUGGCAGAUCAGUACAUGGGCAUGCAGAUACUAACAUGGAAGAAAUGAAUCUGAAUCUGAAAAGAGAAGCGGAAAACUUGUGUAGCCAGAGAGGUUUGGUACCCAACACCGAGGGUCAGACUUUCCAGAUUGCAAUUUCUAGCCAGAUGAGACAGCACUACGACAGAAUUCAUGAAACACUAAUAAGGAAAAAUGGCCCUGCUAGACUAUUGAGUUCAUCAGCAAGUACUUUUGAGCAGAGUAUAAAGGCAUAUAAUACUAUGAAUAAAUUUCUGGGCUCUUUCAUCGAUCAUGUUCAUAAGGACAUGGACUACUUCAUAAAAGAUAAAUUGCUUCUUGAAAAAAUUCUUGGAAUAGAAUUCAUGGAACCAAUGGAAAAAAGCAUCUUUUAUAAUGAUGACGGUCACUCAUUCAGCAGUGUUCUGUAUUAUGGAAAUGAAGCCACUCUUCUCAUUUACGACCUGCUGUUCUUCUGUGUUGUGGACUUGGCCUGCCAGGACUUUAUUUUAGCAGCCUUCCUUACGUAUCUGCAACAGGAGGUUUUUAAAUUUAUUCGUAAUAUAGUAGGACAGAAGAAUUUGGCAUCCAAAACGUUGGUGGAUCAAAGGUUUUUGAUUUAA